AUAUUAGAUUACUUACUUUGUUAUGCGUCAUUUUCAUUACGCAAUCUCUCCAACUCUAUCGAAUCGCCCUGAAACAGAUUCCCUCAAACCGAUCGUAGCUGUUCGUUGUUCGUGGAUAAGCGACUUGGAUCGGAAGACACAAGAAAACGAUCUGACGAUGGUUUGUUUGGCAUGCCUGUUACCCCUCUUCCUCGUCCCGAUCGUCAACCUUCUCCCUUUACUCUUCUAUUAUAUUAUGGGAAAAGUCUAUGCGCUUUUCGGAUGGGAGUAUAGGAAGCCGGAGAGGGCUCCUCCGGCGUGUCCAUAUAAACCUGCUGCCAAGCAUGACACCCCCAGCAAAUUGGUGAUGGAACCUUUACAUGGUGAAGCAGCAGCGUAUGUUCCAAAACCAGUAGAAGUAAUCGAUGGCAAGCAGGAUUGAAGUCAGGCGACUUUCUCAUACGUGAAGUUGGCUCUCAAGGUCAUAGAUUUUAGCUCCAGUGAUCAUGAGUUGGAAUUGAAACCCAUGCCUUGAGGUGUGCUGUAAUAUAUCCAUUUAAAUCCUUUGAAACUCGAUUUGUAUGAAUUAUUUUUGAUGAAGUGUAUCUUGCCAAACUGAAAAUGGUGAGAAACUGUGAAUAUGAAUUCUAAAGCUUCUAACAGUGGGCUUAGUCCUAAUUCUCUUUAUCAUUAAACUUAACUAUUUUGCAGUUA